AUUGGCUAUCAAGAAAAAUACACGCUUUAAACUAUGCGUGGGUGGUGUUCCUUCAAACGACAAGGGAAGUUAACGGCCAACAUUAUCAAGGAGAGCAGGAUGUUUGGCAACCUUGAUUUGAUUAUCAUAAAAUAAAAUAAAUAGUGGUUAUCUAUUAUAGGCUGUCAUUGUAGUCGUCGACCUUCACAACCAUCUCAGACUUUUAGAUAAGCAGAAUAUCAGAAACGGUGUGGCUGAAUGUUACACCAAUGCCAAUGCGUCUGUUCCAAUCGCGUGUCCGUUCGAAAACACUAGCCUGACAACCCAUUGCUUUAAAGGAUCCUUAACUGCAUGGCUUUCUACCUUCAUCAUUCAUAAUGCCAAUAUUGGUACAUGCAUAUUGCACUAUAUGAAUAUACCUCUAAUGCAGCCCAACGUGUCUUAUUCAAAGCGGCAAGGCUCACUUGACAGGCUACUCAUUUGACAGGCUACACUUUCCUGGGACGAUAGCUGGAUUUCGGAUUUGGUUUUUCGUUUGCAUAUCUUUUUCAGUCUCACUUGGAUUGUAUUGGGAUUAAGGUGGGGUUUUAACCCGAUGCAGGUAUCAGGGACAUAUCUUUCCCAUGACAUCUGCCUCGUUCACUGGAUUUUUGAUAAAUAUGGUUUAAGAAAGGACUUCGCCUAACAAUUUGUCGACCAAUUUCUGAAGUUAAAGUCAACCCGUUGUUGGUUAUACCUUUCUCGUCAAUUUCACUCCUCUUCGAUUAAAAAUGCUUCAGUAAGACAAUGUUUGAACAGUGGAAAUAACGCCCAUGUGUCUACCCAUAAACAUCCGCGGCAUAUCCUAUUAAUGACACCCGUAAAGCCUGCUUUGAAGUCAUCAUUGAGAGAGGCAUUUGAGAAGACUACAAAUACUGGCCUCUAGGUGUUUCUCUCUAAUGCCAGUGGGCGUCGUCCUACUCCCAGAGCUGUGACUGACUGCCAGAGGGACGGGAUGCCUAUACCCAUGUGAUAUCUGCCAUGGAGACCAGAGCUUGAUAUCUGGAUCUGGAAGUUGACAGACAGACAGACAGACAGACCAUGGAGCGGCUGGUUGUGUGUAUGCUGCUGUGUGUACUUCUGUGUGCGGUGCUGGUGAAGGGCUACAACUGCCCUGGCCGCUGCAUCUGCCAGCACCUCUCCCCCACUCUGACUCUGCUCUGUGCUAAGACCGGUCUGCUGUUUGUGCCCCCAACCAUCGACCGCAAGACCGUGGAGCUGCGCCUCACAGACAACUUCAUCACCAUCAUCCGCAGGAAAGACUUUUUCAACAUGACCAGCCUGGUCCACCUCACCCUGUCCCGUAACACCAUCAGCCAGAUCACACCCCACGCCUUCCUGGGCCUGCGCUCCCUACGAGCCCUCCACAUGGACGGCAACCGCCUCAGUGUCAUCAAGAGCGACCACUUCAAAGGCCUGAUCAACCUCCGCCACCUCAUACUGGGGAACAACCAGAUCCACCACGUGGCCCCUACCUCCUUUGAUGAGUUUGUGUCGACCAUCGAGGACCUGGAUCUGUCCAACAACAACCUGAGGACCCUGCCCUGGGAGGAGAUAGGCAGGAUGAGCCACAUCAACAUCCUCACCCUUGAUCACAACCUGAUCGAUCACAUCGGAGCUGGGACUUUCACGCUCCUCACCAAGCUGGUUCGUCUGGAUAUGACCUCCAACCGGCUGCAGAAGCUACCUCCAGACAGCCUGUUUCAGCACGCCCAGGUGCUGUCAGACGCCAAGGGCUCCAACCCAUCCUCCCUGGCAGUGAGCUUUGGAGGGAACCCUCUCCACUGUAACUGUGAGCUGCUGUGGCUCCGCAGACUGACGCGGCACGACGACCUGGAGACAUGCGCAUCUCCGGAGCACCUCAUGGACAAGUACUUCUGGUCCAUCCAGGAGGAGGAAUUCAUCUGUGAGCCCCCGCUCAUCACCAAGAACCUAUCCACCAAGCCCUACGUCAUGGAGGGCCAGGGGGUCACCCUCAAGUGCAAGGCCAUGGGAGACCCAGACCCGGCCAUCCACUGGCGCUUCCCCGAUGGCAAGCUGGUGCAUAACAACUCCCGCACCAUCCUGUAUGACAACGGUACCUUGGACAUCCUCAUCACCACCCUGAAGGACAGCGGUGCCUUCAACUGUGUGGCCUCCAAUGCUGCCGGCAUCGCCACAGCUGCCGUGGAGAUCAACAUGAUCCCUCUGCCCCUGUUUGUCAACAACACAUUGCACCACAUGCGCGAGGCCGAUCGGGGCCUCUCUGACAUCACCACCUCCUCCAAGUCAGGCAACGACACCAAAGGCCAUGACAAGCACCAGGACAGGAGGGUGGUGGUGGUCGAGCUGACCUCCUCCUCGGCUGUGAUUCGCUGGCCCUCCGAGCGCCACAUCCCAGGCAUCAGGAUGUACCAGAUUCAGUACAACAGCACUGCAGACGACACACUGGUUUACAGAAUGAUCCCUUCCACCAGUAAGACCUUCCUGAUCAACGACCUGGCAGCGGGCCGGGAGUAUGACCUGUGUGUCCUGGCGGUGUACGACGACGGCAUCACCUCUCUGACGGCCACGCGCGUGGUCGGCUGCGUCCAGUUCCACACUGCCAGCGAGGUCAGCCAGUGCCGCUUCAUCCACAGCCAGUUUCUGGGCGGCACCAUGAUAAUCAUCAUUGGUGGCAUCAUUGUGGCUUCAGUGCUGGUGUUUAUCAUCAUCCUCAUGAUCCGCUACAAAGCCCACAGCAGCCCAGAGGACAGCAAGGUCAAGGUCAGCUCCAGCAUGCACUCCCAGACCAACGGCAGCCAGCACAGACUCCAGCGCUCCACCUCCAAACAGCCUGCUGAGGACAGCCACCAGAGAGAAGCCCAACCGGUGGCAGCCAAGGAGUGCAUGGCCCUGGUGCUGAAGGUGGACAGUGACAAGAGGGAGUGGGACACUCCUCUGGCCACCACGGCCAUCCUGGAAGUGGAGCUGCCCCCCCUGACCACGGACAAGGUGAGGAGGACCAGCCUGGACGCCCAGCGCUGUGGAUCUGGCCCCCCGUCAGAGGACACACAGACAGAAAGCAGCCUGAUGGGCUCCACCAUAUCCUUGUGUCUCCUAGGCCCCAACGCCGGCACCAUGGAGGCCCCCAGGCUCAAGGACAAGAAGAGCGCCCUGGCCAACAUGGGGUUUAAUAAUGAGCUGGCACGAACUAGGCACAGGUUCAGCUUUGACGGGGGAGACUAUUCCAUAUUUCAGAGCCACAGUUACCCCCGCAGAGCGCGGACGAGGCGGCACAAGUCUACAAACCAGCUCAACGUGGAGUCCUCACCGCUCGCUAACCGGAGAGUCACUUUCAGCAGCACUGAAUGGAUGCUGGAGAGCACAGUGUAAGAGAUACAGCCUGGCCUCUCUGGCUCUCUCAAAGACACACACACACACUCCAACAGUUUGACACAUACACCCUCAUGCAUACACAUUUACACAUUUAACAAAUAAAGCUACAUGCAUACACACACAGACUCAGAGAGUUGCUGGAGAAGAACACAGUCCCCUUUCAUCCUGCCUCCCCUCAUACUCCCAGAGUGGCACAGAGUUGUCGGCCAUUUCAUUAGUUUCUGCAGCAGUGCCUUACUCUAAAAUAUGUACGAAUGGAGGAUGCUGCUCAUUGUAGUCAUAAACUUUCCUUUCUAUCAUGGUUUUCCCUGUUUCAUGGGGAGUGAUGCUUUGAGGUUUUUUUGUUCUAUGACAUGCCAAGGGUUGGGGCAUUUGUAACUUUUCCUUUUAAUGUUAAAAAGAUCCCAGUGUAAAGUGAACAACCAGGUAUCCUGUAUGUUGAUCAUCCUUUGGGUUCUUUCAAAGACUUUUGCACACGAAGACACGACGAUACGAGGACAAGUAUCACACCAGUCUAUACAUUAAUACCAAUAUUAUAGAUCUAUACACAUGCCGAUUUCAAAUGUUAGCAUAGAGAGGAUGGACCUGAUAAACCUGUGGACUCCUCCAUGCUGGUUGGACUGUAUGAUAUUACUAGGUAUUGUUCCUGAUGUGACUGUAUGAUAUUAAUCGGUAUUGUAUCUGGCUGGUCUAGAUAAAAAGACAACAAAAAAUACAUAUAGAAGUAUAUUAAAAACAUUGGUGUAUGUGUACUAUGUAAGUCAUAUGUCACAACUUUUUACUGAGCAUUUGGGUGUUGGCCACAAGUUUUUACAUUAAAAACCUGCGUCCUCACACUUCCCCCUAUUUAGUAUGACAAGGUUUGGACCACUUAUCCCUUAUGAGAGGGUAUUAAAUUUUUUGUGUGGGUUAACUGUA